UCAGACGGAAAUUGCUGGAUCUACCUCAAGUUUUUUGUAUAACUAGCCUAUUACAGAUCACGAACGAACUGUCAUUUGCAUUACCAUCGUUUUAUAAGUUAUAUAUCUUUAUUUCUCACGUAAGCUGCGCUGUUCAAAGAAUGAGCGAAAGUGAAAACAGAAAUGAAGAGGAUAGGCCGCAGUCUCAACCGUCAACGGGACUUAACGUGCUUACAGCACACAUUGGGCGAAACAAAGUCGACUUCGCUCUUUGGUGCACCCGGUUCGCCACAAUCAUCUUCACAUUUAACUAUCUAAUCCCAAUAUUUGGGUCUGGGUACAACAUGUAUUACAAAGCUUUGUUGGCUAACUCGGCAACAAGUGCCCUACGUCUCCACCAGAGACUUCCACAAGUUCAGCUGAGUAGAGAAUUUAUCGGCAAGGUUUUCAUAGAGGACAGUGCCCAUUAUCUUCUCUACUCAAUGAUAUUUUUCUAUUCACCUCCAGUUACAUGGGUGCUGCUCCCAGUUUUUCUUUUUGCACUGCUCCACAUUUCCAGCUAUUCUUUAGGACUGAUUGAGCUAUUGGGCCCAAAUGCCUUAGGAGUGGGGAGGAUGGCUAUUGGAAUUGUGGAAGUGCAAAGUGUCAAUCUUUUGAGAACUAUCGCAUUUUCUGAAAUAUUCCUAUUUCCCAUGCUGCUUCUGUCUUUUUUCAGUGGUCGAUCUUCGCUUAUGACCAUCUUCGUGUACUACAGAUUUCUUACAUUGCGUUAUUCGUCUAGACGUAAUCCCUACACGAGGAAUACCUUCGGCGAACUUCGCUUUCUUGUCGAAAGCUACGCCCAGAAACCAUCUUGUCCAUCAAUUAUCCGCAAUCUAGUAUCUAAAUUGGUCGCUCUUAUCUCCCGACUUGCUCCUCCUGUUAUAACUGCAGAACAACAAUAACAAAUAUUGCCGAUGCGAAUUGGGGUGUCCAUGCCGCUGAAAAGAAUUGUCUAUGACGUUUUGUUUUUAUCUAGUUCAAUCCAGUAGAUGUUUGGUGUACUUCCUUAAUGUAAGUGUGAAGAAUAAAUUUUUCUAUAAAUGUA